UUGAAGAACCUGGGUAUAUAUGUUUAUCACCUCCAUUUCCAACGUUGCUGUUGAUACUUCAGUUUAUAUGAAAAAAGAAAGAUAAAGAAACCCAAGAUUUAAUUUGUUAAGGUUUUACUUUGGUAACAUGAACCUUAGAUCAGAUAUCUCAUUCCGAGGAGAAUGUGAUGUCUGAAAGUAGUGCGCGGAGCUGAGACUGGAAAGUAGGACUUUGGUGCCAUAUAACAUGAAUAGGUACGAAUUGCAUUUGUUUGGGUGACUACUCACUAGUAGCAAAAAUAGACUACCCAUUUCACCAAAAAACAGAAAAGAAAAGAGACUGCACAUUGGAAAGUGAUUUUAAAGAGGCAAUCUCCUCACUCUGGGUAUGUUCAUUUCAAAAUGGCGUAUGAAUUGAUAUCUGAAGUUGCAAGAAGUACAGAUGUGUUUAGUUUGACGAGUCAUGUCUUGGGAUACAGUGAUUGAACAUCGAAAGGUAAAACGGUCCCUGUCUAUUUGGAUUUGUCUGGUGGUUUGAAUAUGCGAGCAAAGUAGAGACCUUUAUCUUUUUGGGCACAUAUGGUGAUUACAUAGGGGGCAACUGCAGAGGUAUGGGUGCCGGUAUGUGGUGGAAAUGAUGUCUAAGAAGCACGAUUUGACGCGAUAUGGAUACUUUUAAUGCGAAAUCGGGAUAAAAGUUUGAGUUAGCAAUGCCCAUCUGUUCAUCCUCUAUAUUAAAAGUAGCGGGCAACUCUCGAAGUUUUCUUGGCCGUUAUAGUGGCAUGCAAAGACUCAACAAUCAUGCAACUGGAUACUCGUAUCUGGCAACUCCCAACUCUGACCAAAAACAGAAAUUUGUACUCCAUAAAUCCUGUGCCGCCUUACAAUGAAGCAACAGGUUCUUGCCAUGGAUAUAGAUCUUAGAUUACCUUCUGGGGAACAUGAUAAGGAAGAGGAAGAACCAAAUGGAAUUGUCAAUAUGUUGGAUGCUAAUGACAAACUGCGCAAUGGAGACGAAGGAAAUGGAAGUAUGGUGGAUUUUGGAGACGAGUUAAACAUUGGAGAUGGAAGGGACAUGAAUUCUCCUGCCGCAGAUAUGGUGUUCAAAGAGGAUACAAAUCUUGAACCGCUUUCUGAUAUGGAGUUUGAAUCACAUGGAGAUGCAUAUUCCUUUUAUCAAGAAUAUGCUAGAUCCAUGGGGUUCAAUACAGCAAUCCAAAAUAGCCGUCGUUCAAAGACGUCGAGAGAGUUCAUAGAUGCAAAAUUUGCAUGUUCAAGAUAUGGCACCAAACGCGAGUAUGAAAAGUCACAGAAUCGACAACGCAGCAGACAAGGGAAUAAGCAAGAAGCAGAGAAUUCAACCGGCCGACGAUCAUGUACGAAGACAGAUUGCAAAGCGUGCAUGCAUGUGAAGAGAAGACCGGACGGUAAGUGGAUUAUUCAUAGGUUUGAGAAGGAGCAUAAUCAUGAGCUUUUACCGGCUCAAGCUGUCAGUGAACAAACAAGAAAAAUGUAUGCUGCCAUGGCAAGACAAUUUGCUGAGUACAAGAAUGUUGUAGGUCUCAAGAAUGACUCCAAACAUCCCUAUGAUAAAGGUCGGAAUCUCACGUUAGAAGCAGGAGAAGGAAAGGUUUUGCUUGAAUUUUUCACACAGAUGCAGAUUGCAAAUUCAAACUUUUUUUAUGCUAUAGAUAUAAGUGAGGAUCAACGGCUGAAGUCUUUGUUCUGGGUUGAUGCCAAAAGUAGGCAUGAUUACAUCAACUUCAGUGACGUCGUUUCUUUUGAUACUACUUAUGUUAGAAACAAGUAUAAGAUGCCUCUUAUUCUUUUUAUUGGGGCAAAUCAACAUUAUCAAUUCAUGCUGCUAGGAUGUGCUCUGGUGGCUGAUGAAAGUGUAGCAACAUUUUCUUGGGUACUGCAGACAUGGCUAAAAGCGAUGGGCGGACAAGCUCCAAAAGUUAUAAUCACUGACCAAGACAGAGCCAUGAAAACAGUUGUUUCAGAGGUCUUUCCAUUAGCUUAUCAUUGCUUUUGUUUGUGGCAUAUACUGGGAAAGGUUUCUGAAACUCUUAGUCAUUUAGUGAAACAACAUGAAAGUUUCAUGGCAAAGUUAGAAAAAUGCAUUUAUAGGUCUUGGACCCAUGAGGAAUUUGAAAAGAGGUGGCACAAAUUGGUCGAUCGGUUUGAACUCAAAGAGAAUGAAUGGAUCCAAUCAUUGUAUGAAGAUCGCACACAUUGGGCACCGACCUAUAUGAGGGAUAUCUUUUUAGCUGGAAUGUGUUUGGCUCAGCGAUCUGAGAGUGUGAACUGUUUCUUUGACAAAUACAUGCACAAGAAAACUACUGUGCAAGAGUUUUUGAAACAGUAUGAAGCAAUUUUGCAGGACAGGUAUGAAGAGGAAGCAAAAGCUGAUUCAGAUACAUGGAACAGACAACCUGUAUUGAAGUCUCCAUCUCCUUUUGAAAAGCACGUUUCAGGAUUGUAUACACAUGCAGUAUUUAAGAAGUUCCAAACUGAGGUUCUAGGUGCAGUUGCUUGUCAUCCUAAAAGAGAGAGACAAGAAGGGACAACUACCACUUUUAGAGUUCAGGAUUUUGAAAAGAAUCAGGACUUCACUGUCACUUGGAAUGAAAAGUCUGAAGUUUCUUGUGUCUGCCGUUUGUUUGAAUUUAAAGGCUUCCUCUGUAGACAUGCAUUGAUUGUACUCCAAAUCUGUGGCCUUUCCACUAUCCCAUGUCAGUACAUUUUGAAACGGUGGACUAAAGAUGCCAAGAGUAGGUGUUUAACUGGAGAAUCAUCUGAACAUGUGCAAUCUAGGGUGCAAAGAUACAAUGAUUUAUGUCAACGGGCAAUGAAUUUGGGGGAAGAGGGUUCCUUAUCCCAAGAUAGCUACAAUUUUGCACUUCGUGGGCUGGAAGAUACUUAUGGGAAUUGUGUGAGUGUUAAUAACUCAAACAAGAAUCUUGGAGAGACUGGCACAUCAGUGACUGCAGGUCUUCUCUGCAUUGAAGAAGACCAGAGUAGGAGUAUGAGCAAGACAAAUAGAAAGAAGAACCCAACCAAGAAAAGAAAGGUGAACUCAGAACAAGAUGUUAUGACUGUUGGGACAGAAGACAGCUUGCAACAAAUGGAAAAAUUAACUGCACGGCCUGUCACGCUUGAUGGCUAUUUUAGUCCACAACAGAGUAUGCAAGGAAUGGUCCAGUUGAAUCUAAUGGCACCUACGCGUGACAACUAUUAUGGGACUCAACAGACUAUUCAGGGGCUGGGACAACUAAACUCAAUAGCUCCUAAUCACGAUGGCUAUUAUAAUCCUCAACCUACCUUGCACGGGCUGGGUCAAAUGGAUUUUUUCCGAACACAAGCAGGUUUCACCUAUGGCAUUCGGGAAGAUCCCAAUCUUAGACCUGCACAGUUGCAUGACGAUGCAUCAAGACGUGCAUGAGGAGCAUCUUUGACAAUGAGAUGAUGAUGGCAAGUGUUGAGA